GAUGCAUUGAAAGACAGCUGUGCUACCCUGCGGAUGUUGAUUCCUUUGCUUUACAUCACACAAAAACACAGAGAAAAACCGACAAAAGGACCACGUCAAAGAAAAAGAAGACCCUCUGACUCAGAGUAAACAGCAAAGAUGGACUACGAGUUCAAGCAGCAGACUUCCGGGGUGCGUGAGUCGGUGGAAGACCUGUUUGACUUUGAGGGAUGCAAGGUCGGCAGGGGGACGUACGGACAUGUCUACAAGGCCACAACCAAGAAAGAGCCUAAGAAGGAGUAUGCGCUGAAGCAGAUAGAAGGCACAGGGAUAUCCAUGUCUGCAUGUAGAGAAGUAGCUUUACUCAGGGAAUUACGUCAUCCAAACGUGAUCUGUCUAAGAAGGGUUUUCCUCUCUCACAGUGAUAGAAAGGUGUACCUGCUUUGUGACUUCUCAGAACAUGAUCUAUGGCAUAUAAUCAAGUAUCAUCGGGCAAACAAAGCCAGCAAAAAGGGUCCCACUUCAGUACCUCCCGUCAUGGUCAAGUCUCUCCUCUACCAAAUCCUUGAUGGAAUCCAUUAUCUUCACUCUAACUGGGUAUUACACAGGGAUCUUAAACCAGCCAAUAUUCUAGUAAUGGGAGAAGGUUCAGAAAGAGGAAGAGUCAAAAUAGCUGACAUGGGUUUUGCAAGGUUAUUCAACUCGCCUCUCAAACCUCUAGCUGACCUUGACCCAGUGGUUGUGACCUUCUGGUACAGAGCUCCAGAGCUACUACUAGGAGCUAGGCAUUACACAAAAGCAAUAGAUAUAUGGGCUAUAGGCUGUAUAUUUGCAGAGUUACUCACAUCUGAACCCAUCUUCCACUGCCGUCAAGAAGACAUCAAAACCAGCAAUCCUUACCAUCAUGAUCAACUAGACAGGAUAUUCAAUGUCAUGGGCUUCCCACAGGAGAAAGAUUGGGAGGAUAUAAAGAAGAUGCCUGAACAUGGUAAUCUUAUGAAAGACUUCAGGAGAUCAAAUUAUGCUAGCUGCUGUUUACCAAAGUAUAUGGAGAAGCACAAAGUGCCUAAAGAUAGUAAAGCAUUCCAACUGUUAUCUAAGCUUCUUACCAUGGAUCCUACAAAGAGGAUGACUUCAGAACAAGCCAUGGAGGACCAGUACUUCAAAGAACAACCUCAACACACAGCAGAUGUCUUUGAUGGGAAGCCGAUCCCGUACCCCAAGAGAGAGUUUCUUACAGAUGAUGACAAUGAUGACAAGUCAGACAAUAAUAAGAAAUCGUCCUCCAGUCGCAACUCAAGCCACAUGGUCGAUGCCCGGCGACAGCGUGUAGCUACAUCAAUGGCUGGCUCUACCUCACAGCAAGGAAGUACCGGAGGAUCCUCGAGCCACGCCCAAGGAGCGAAGCGGUUGAGAGUAGCAACCACCAAUUCCUCCAGCCAUGGGGGAGCUCAGGCAGGGAUAAUGCCUCAGGAAUACCAGCAGCAACAGAGAAUGUCUGGCUACCAGGGGGCUAACACAACGCAGGGUCAAUCUCAAAACAACAAGCCUCAACAGGGCAUGAUGUACUCCUCUUCUGGAUCGCAUCACUCCAACAAGAUGCAACAUGGUCAACACCACCAUCACCAGCAGCAACAGCAACAGCAGCAGCAACAACAACACCAUCAGCAACAUCAUCAACAACAACAGCAACAUCAACAACAACAGCAGCAACAACAACAACAGCAGCACCAUCAGGGUCACAACCAAAACCAACCAAGACACUAUUGAAGUGACAUUUUUCCUUGAACGGUGUUGUGGGUUUCCACAAUAUUCCCACGCGUUUGGGCCUUACCUGGAACAGGAGUAUCAACAUUGCAACUUGUUGAAUAAAAUAUGAUUGUGGUUUAUAUUACUGGGACCACAGCCCACAUCUUAGUUGGCAGGUCAAUCACUGAAGAUAAUUUGCGCAAGUUUUCCUUAAUCUGUCGCAUGCAAUCUCUGUUGUUUCCACUCUUCUGGAGUACGUCACUUUAUGAUAUUAUUUCUACCAUUGGAACAUGACCAACAAGAAGAGAGGAUGGAAGAUGUGAAUUUGAAUGUUUACCUGCCACUGUAUGGUAAUUAUACCUGUAUGUAGCAUUUAUGUAGCGCAUUACAUCAUACAUUUGAAUGUGCUUCAUGAUAUUUCCUCUAUAAUUGGAACAUGAUGAACAAGAAGAGACAGUAUCGCUGGCUAUUUUCCGGAUCAGAAUUUCCCCCAAAGAUAUUUCAUCCUCAAAACAGAGACUCUCAGGCUCAAUAGCAGCGCUAUGUCAGCUUCAUGUUUAAUUCAUCACCAUUACAGGGCUUUUAAACUGUACAGGAAAAUGAAUGAGGAAAAAGACGUUAGUCAUGUCAGGAACUACCCUUUUUUAGUAUUUAAUUAAAUGAAUAGUGCAGUAAUAUGAUUUUUGCUUUAUUAGAAUUGAAGUUUUGUGUGGACUUUACAACAUUUGGCACACUAAUAUAAUGUGUAAAUUACAGUUCUCUGAAAAUGUAAUACUCCAAUCUGAAGAGUCUAGUGGACAUGUUCUAGAGUCUCUAUAGAAUUGAUGUUUCCCUCUUUGAUUUGACAGGGGAUUAUGGGUUAUGUUGGAAUUAGAUAUUGUGUUUUUAUCAUGUGAACACUGUAUGCAGUUGGCUGUGUUACAUCAUUUGUACAAGGUGAACACUGUUUCCUGGCAUUUUUCAAGAAAGUAAACAAAGAAAUUAUGUGAUCCCUAAAUUAAUGAGUACAUAUGAUAAUUGUUUCCAUAAUGCUGGAGUAAACUACAGGGACAAGAUGAACAUAAUGAGUUUCACAUUUCUGUCCAAUCAGAGAACUUUUGUUACCCACAGUUCUUUUGCUCCCCCCCAUGCCACAGUUUAAUGCUCUGUACAUACAUGUAUUAUGUUGAAUUUUGUGUACUUAAUGAGCAAAAUGCAGUACAAUGGGCCACAAACUAAUACCUGACAAUCAUUUUCAUAUGAAGACAUGGUUCUUCAAUCGGAAAACAGUCACGAAAUGUUGCUUAACAGAUGUAGAGAGAGAAUUAGUGUGUGUUUGAAAUAACAUUUAUCCUCCAAUUGACAUAAAACCUAUAGCAUACUUCUGUUUGGUUUAUGAAAUAUCUAUUUAACAAAGGCAGAUCCAGUGGGGUCGAAAUGGACACCCCCCCCCCCCCAAUUGAGAAACUUGGAAGGGCUGGCAGUAUCCCUGAGAGACACAACAUUUAGGUCAAUUCAUGUCAUUCUCUAUUAUAAUAAGAGAGCCUGAUCCAGGUUCAUUAUUCAUGUGUAAUGUUAUUCAAUCCCUGAAAAAUGUAGUAUGCUGGCAUACAGUGUGAAAAAUGUGAGGAGUAGGAACGAUAUUUAUUGCGGUAAUUGCACCUAUGUUGAGCUCAUCUUGUUUCCUCUGUACAACACUUCUUCAAAGAGCAUUGUAGUGUUAGUUGAUUGCAUAAAUGCAGUGGAGUACCGGUAACAUGUUUAAGAGGAAAGUCUGGAGUGGUUUCUUAAUAUGUACAGUAGAAUCUUGUAAUAUCAAACGCCUCUGGACCAAGAAAAUCACCUCUUUAUGUUGAAGCCUGUAUUAUAUCAAGGCUACAAAACAAUUGGAAAAAGACCUGGGCUGGCAUAUUUACCUUGUUGUAAUGAGAGUUUGUUAUAAAGGUUCUUUAUAGCAAGAACUACUAGUAACUGUCCUCCUGUUGUAAGUAACCAUGCCAUACAUGAAUGGUAGGAUCCUUCUAUCGUGUAAAUUGAUAUAUUUGAUGGCUGUAAGCUUUUCAUUUUUCCAUGUGUAUUUUAGAUGAAUUAUGACAAUAAAUCAUACAUGCAAGUCAUUUGAUAACAAGA